AACGCGCGUGACCAUUCGGAGGUCGUCCCUCGCGAGAACGGCCCGGCGAACCGAGACCGUGCGCGUGCGCGCGAGAGGAGCCGUUGAGCAGUGCUCGAGACUGAGGCGGCCGGGGAGCGUCGCCUUUCCCUCCCUGUGACUCGCGUCGCCCCGGGGAGUCGAGGCCGCUCGGAUAUUUGGUUCCGUUUCCCACCCGCCACUUCCCUGCGGGGAUUCGGCGUUACAGCCAAGUUGCCUCUCCGUCCACCGCACCUUGCACCUCACUCACACCCAUACCGAGGAUGUCGAGUCGCGAAGAGGAGCGCAGGAAGCUGGCCGAGAUCAUUAACCACUGGAACGCCAACCGCCUGGACCUGUUCGAGAUCAGCCAGCCGACCGAGGAUUUGGAGUUCCAUGGUGUGAUGAGAUUUUAUUUUCAAGACAAAGUAGCUGGAAACUUUGCAACAAAGUGCAUCAGGGUGUCCAGCACAGCCACAACACAAGAUGUCAUAGAAACUCUUGCAGAGAAAUUCCGGCCAGACAUGCGGAUGUUGUCCUCACCUAGAUACUCACUUUAUGAAGUGCACGUUAGUGGUGAGGAGCGUAAGCUUGACAAGGAAGAGAAGCCUCUGGUUGUACAAUUAAACUGGAACAAGGAUGAUAGAGAGGGUAGAUUUGUUUUGAAGAAUGAAAAUGCCUUCCUUCCACCAAAGAAGUCUCAGAGUAAUGGUCCAGAAAAAGAGAAAGAAGGUGUAAUCCAGAACUUUAAAAGAACACUAUCAAAGAAAGAGAAGAGGGAGAAAAAGAAGCGAGAAAAGGAAGCACUAAUGCAAACUGCAGAUGAUGAGAGACCUAUCCCCAGUGGUGAUGGUGAGAACUCAAGUUCACAUAUUGCAGCAGAAGUAUACAAAGACAUGCCGGAGACUAGCUUCACUCGUACAAUUUCUAACCCUGAAGUAGUUAUGAAAAGAAGACGCCAGCAAAAGCUAGAACAGAGAAUGCAAGAAUUCCGUAGUGGUGAUGGACGGCCUGACUCAGGUGGCACUCUUCGAAUUUAUGCAGAUAGCUUAAAGCCGAAUAUCCCCUACAAGACCAUCUUGCUGUCAACAACUGAUACAUCAGACUUUGCUGUUGGAGAAGCCCUUGAGAAAUAUGGGCUGGAAAAGGAAAACCCGAAAGAAUAUUGUAUAGCUCGGGUAGUAUUGCCACCUGGUGCACAGCACUCUGAUGACAAAGGUGCUAAAGAGACUCUUCUCGAGGAUGAUGAAUGUCCACUGCAGAUUUUUAGAGAUUGGCCAAGUGACAAAGGUACUUUAGUCUUCCAAUUAAAGAAAAGACCAUUUGACUAUAUCCCAAAGAAUGCAAGGAAACAAAAGGAAGUAGAUGGCAGACCAUCAAAAGGAAAAGAAAGGAAUGAUAAUUCAGUCUACGGAUCAUCAUUACCACCUGAGAAACUGCCAUAUCUUGUUGAGUUGAGUCCUGAUGGUUCAGAUUCCAGAGAUAAGCCAAAACUCUAUCGUUUACAGCUGAAUGUUACUGAUGUUGGAACUGAAAAGUCAGACGAGAACUCCAUACAACUCUUUGGUCCGGGAAUUCAGCCUCAUCAUUGCGAUCUUACAAAUAUGGAUGGAAUAGUAACAGUUACUCCUCGCAGUUUUGAUGCAGAAACCUAUGUUGAUGGCCAGCAUAUUACUGAGACUGUCAUGUUGCAGAGUGGUAUGAAUAUUCAGUUUGGGUCAUCACAUGUGUUCAAGUUCGUGGAUCCUAGUCAGAAUCAUAUGGCCAAGAAACCUGUGGAGGCUGGACCUAUGGUCAAGGGUCAGAAAAUUAAAUCUGGGCAAGGGUCCAGAAGUGUCCAGGAAACUACGUUUGAUAUUGAUGGAGACAUUCACAGUGGUAUAGGAUUACCUAUAAGCAAGAGUACAGAAAGAUUGGAUACUGAUACCUCUACUUCAAAUGAUCGCAAUGUGGUGAAACCGAUGAUCAGAGUGGAGCAGCAAGACAGCUACAAGCAGGAGAUGAGAGCACAAGAUAUUAUUCAAGGUCAAGAGAUGACUCUGCCAGCCACAAUAGAGUUCAGAGAAAGUUCUGAAGAUGCCUUCCUAUCUGCUGUUGUUAAUUAUACUAAUAGUUCCACUAUCCACUUCAAACUCUCUCCCACAUAUGUAUUGUAUAUGACUUGUCGGUAUGUCCUGUCCAGUCAUUAUCGGCCUGAUAUGAGCCCAUCAGAACGUGCACAUAAAGUUAUUGCAAUAGUUAACAAGAUGGUUAGCAUGAUGGAAGGAGUUAUUCAGGAUAUAGCACAGUAUGAACAGAAGCAGAAGAAUAUUGCAGGUGCACUAGCCUUUUGGAUGGCAAAUGCAUCAGAGCUUCUCAACUUUAUCAAACAAGACCGCGAUCUGAGUCGGAUCACCCUGGAUGCACAGGAUGUUUUGGCUCAUUUGGUGCAAAUGGCUUUCAAAUACCUGGUACACUGUCUUCAAUCUGAUCUCAACAAUUAUAUGCCAUCAUUUCUUGAAGAUCCUGAGGAAGCAAGUCCACAAAGACCCAAAAUAGAUGAUGUCUUGCAUACCCUGACUGGAGCAAUGUCUUUGCUGCGACGAUGUCGUGUGAAUGCUGCCCUCACUAUCCAGUUAUUCUCUCAGCUCUUUCAUUUUAUUAAUAUGUGGCUAUUCAAUAAACUGGUGACAGAGCCAGACUCGUGCCUCUGUUCUCACUAUUGGGGUGCUAUCAUCCGGCAACACCUUGGUCAUAUUGAAGCUUGGGCUGAGAAACAAGGUUUGGAACUGGCUGCAGACUGUCACCUUAGUAGAAUAGUACAGGCAACUACAUUGCUAACAAUGGACAAAUACUUGGCAGAAGACGUUUCAAACAUCAACAACACCUGUUUUAAGUUGAAUUCAUUACAGCUACAAGCAUUGCUUCAAAGUUACCACUGUGCCCAGGAUGAGCCCUAUAUCCCACAGGAACUGAUUGAAAAUGUAGUGGCAUUAGCUGAGAACACAGCUGAUGAACUUGCUCGCAGUGAUGGUAGAGAAGUGCAGUUGGAAGAGGACCCUGACCUACAGCUGCCUUUUCUGUUGCCUGAAGAUGGGUAUUCUUGCGAUGUUGUCAGGAACAUUCCCAAUGGCCUUCAAGAGUUCUUGGAACCACUGUGCCAGAGAGGCUAUUGUAGGCUAACAUCGCAUUCACGAUCACCAGGAACUUGGACAAUUUAUUUUGAAAGUGCUGACUUCGACCAUUUUCCAUCUGAUACUACUGAGUUGGUUGAGCCGAAUCGUAAAGAGCCAGAAAUAAUUACAGUGACGCUAAAGAAGCAAAAUGGAAUGGGACUAAGCAUUGUAGCAGCUAAGGGUGCAGGACAAGAUAAAUUGGGAAUCUAUGUUAAAUCUGUUGUAAAAGGUGGAGCUGCUGACAUGGAUGGUCGUUUGGCAGCUGGAGAUCAGUUACUUAGUGUUGAUGGACGCAGUCUCGUAGGGCUUUCACAGGAAAGGGCUGCGGAGCUAAUGACAAGAACAGGUUCUGUGGUAACCUUAGAAAUAGCAAGACAAGGAGCCAUUUAUCAUGGUUUGGCUACUCUACUUAACCAACCUUCUCCAAUGAUGCAGAGAGCUUCUGAUCGCCGUGGCUCAGGUAAACCUCGCCCAAAGAGCGAAGGUUUUGAAUUGUACAACAAUAACCCUCAGAAUGGAACACCGGAGAAUUCACCAAUAGGAUGGACUGAAUACAAUGAACCAAAGAAACCAUCUGGGGAUGACAGAUUAUUGAAAAACCGAGUAGACCAUCGUUCUAGUCCUAAUGUGGCAAAUCAACCUCCAAGUCCUGGGGCAAAACCUGUUUAUUCUACUGCACCUACCUCCAAAAUUCAGUCUGUUUCUACUGGGAACCUCUGUGCUGAGGAGCAAUUAUUACCCACAAGACCUGAAGCAUAUCCAAUUCCCACACAAACGUACACUAGAGAUUACUUUACCUUUCCAACGUCAAGAUCCCAAGAUCGAGUGAGUCCCGUUCCUGGUCAAUGGCAUCACUAUGACGAGAGGGCAGUAAUGCAGGAUCAGCCCUUUACUAGCACUGCACAGCGUGGAACUCGUUCUCAGGAGGAAUUGCAUGAAGAAAAAGCUUUCCACCAGGAGAAAAUGAGGCAGGAAGACUUGCCCCGCAGGGUAGCAGAGUACCGGAAGGACUUGGAUUGGAAAUUAGAUAUGCGGGCUAAUCAAGGAUCAACUGUGGAUUCCAGUACAUCUAAUCAGGAGCAUUUGAGCUACUCUUCAAAACCACUUUCAACAAAUGUUAUUGCUCCUCAUAAAAGUGGACCUGGACGUUGGAAAACUCCAGCUCCAAAUCUACCUACUCCAAUAGCUGUUUCUCAACCUAUUCGAGUAGAAAACCAGUUGCCACCACCACCCCCUCCACCUCCGCCAGUACAUUAUGCUAUUGAUUUUGAUAAUGCCCACACUGAUCUACCCCUACCACCACCACCACCUCCCCCACCAACUUCACAGGUAUCUAGUCAAUGCUCUGCUGUUGAUCGCAGGAAGCGAGAAGAACAACAGCGCUGGUAUGAGAAAGAAAAGGCACGGCUGGAGGAAGAAAGGGACAGGAAGCGCCGUGAGCAAGAUAAGAAAAUUGGCCAGAUGCGUGGUCCACCUCCUUUGCAUGUGAAUCCACCUCAACCUGUUCAUGUUACUUCUUCAAUUCAACAAGCAAGGCCAGAAAAAAUGGCCAACUUAGCGCGGUCUCAAGAUACAGUGAUUCGUGAGCUUCAGCCUCAGCAGCAGCCUCGAACAAUUGAACGCAGGGAUCUGCAGUAUAUAACAAUUAGCAAGGAACAGUUACCUGUAAGUGAUAGUCUCUCACCUGAUCCCUGGAAACGAGAUGCAAAGGAAAAGAUGGAGAAGCAGCAGCAGCAACAUCUUUUGGAAAUGCUUAGUAAAGAGAUACAGGAACUACAGAACAAACCUGAUCGCACUUCUGAAGAGAAUGAUCGCCUUCGUAAACUUAUGCUUGAAUGGCAGUUCCAGAAACGGUUGCAGGAAUCCAAAGAAAAAGAUGAUGAUGAUGAAGAGGAAGAAGAUGAUGAUGUUGAUACAACACUUAUCAUGCAAAGAUUGGAAGUGGAACGACGGGCAAGGCUACAAGAUGAGGAACGCAGGCGUCAUCAGCAACUGGAAGAAAUCAGAAAGCGAGAAGCAGAAGAAAGAGCUAGACAAGAUGAAGAACGUCUUCGUCAAGAGGAGGAGCGAGCAAAGAGAGAAACCGAUGAAAAGAGAAGACAGGAAGAAGAGUAUUACACACGCUUGGAAGCUGAAAGACGUAGACAACAAGAAGAAGCUGAGAGGAAGUUGCUUCAACCUGAUGAACCCGGUCUGUACAGGCCUCCCCUUCCACGGGACUAUACUUCUGAAAGCCAGCAGUAUGAAAUUCCUCCCCCAUCCCAUUCAUCUAACGCUCCUCCCCCUCCUCAGAGAAACAUUUCUUACAUCAAAACACAGAUCGUCUCCCCUGACAAAGUUUACACUGCCAAGUUUGUCCCAUACAAUGAUGAGGAUGAGGAAGAUGCAAAUCUUUCAGGUCAGGAUAAGUACUCCAUUACAAGAAAAUCGUAUGGUGAACUGCCUUCUGCCCCUAGGCAGCCACCAUUUAUUCGUCAACCCCGCCCGGUUUCAGAUGGCUGCUAUCUUUCAAACUCAUUCCGACCGCCAUCUGCCAAUGCCAACAGUACUGCUUCAAAAACUGGUGUCCCACCUCCCCCUCCAACCAAACAGAGCUCCAUGCCACAGAGUGGUUUGAAAGGAUUUAGUUCAUAUGGAAGUUCAUCAGCAAGUAAUACUGGAACAAAUGAAAUUUACAAAGGCCCAAGAGAGAAGCGGCUUGAACAAAAUAAAGGCCAAGUCUCAGAAGUCCCUGCAGUGAAAGGAUCCCCAGAAAACUUAACUUUUAAAGAACGCCAACGUCUUUUCUCACAUGGACAGGAUAUUUCCAACAAAGUGAAGGCAUCACGAAAACUGAUGGAACUAGAAAAUGAGUUGAACACAAAAUAAAAUUGAUGCCUUAACUCAGUUGAAAGCUCAAAACAGAAUAUUUCUAGUUUGUACAAUAUGUUUAAAUCAUAGAUGAUUACAACUGUAAAAUAGGAUGUAGGAAAUUAAAUUUCCACUGAGUUGCAUACCAAUAUUAUUUAGCUAAAUAAAUUGAGCACUGUUAUUUUUUUCCCUGAUGAAAUUAAAUGAAGGUAUUGUUCACUUUGGGGUUCUGAUUUUUUUGGCAUACCAAGUACACUACACUUGGAGACAGCAUUAAAGUGAAGGAAAUUGAUGUAAUACAGAAUUGUUAAUAUGUAACUUUAGAAGCUUCUAAAUAUGCUGAAAGAUUUUUUUUUAACUUACCCAGCAGCUGGUGCCUCAAUUGUUUCAGCUAUACAUUAGGUGGCUAAUCAAUGGGAAAUGUGGACCUCAUUCUACCUUUUUUUUAAAAAAAAGCUUUCUUUGUGUGCAUUUUAAUUUUAAAAAAAAGGUUGAUUCAAGCUAAAUUUUCCUCUUAGCUGAGUGUUCUGAUCUGGAUUUUAGUUACUGAGCAGUUUUCUGUAUAAUAUUGUGGUCUAUAAUUGUAUUUAGGGAUAAAUGAACACUUCACAACAUAGAGUAGACUUCCACUGCCUUAGGAAAGGAAUCACUUUAUAAAAAAUGUACGAUAAUUAAAUUGUCUAAUGAAGAUGGAGUGUACAUAUUUUUUUUACUUAUUGAACUGUUUCAUAUGUGAAACAGUGCUGUAUCAUUUGAACUGUGUAACCAGUAGAUAACGUAAUUGGGAGUAACUCUCCCCCUCCCCCAUGAAGGAAAAUUUUGGAGCUUAUAAGUAAACUGAGCAAAUGUGUAAGUAAAUUAGCAUCCUGAAUAUCAACAGCUUAGUAGAAACAACUGAAACAUUACUGUCAUUUUAUAAAUAAACUACUGCUCUUUCAGUGUUGAUAUUCAGAGCUGAUCUGGGAGGAUAACUGGUAUAUUUCAAGGAUUCUGUUGGGUUACAGAGUUCUUUGUGUGGUCACCUAGAGUGUUAAACUUUUACUGAGCAUCAAAACUGCUGUAGUAUCAUAUUUCUACUGUAUUUCACUUGCAACCUAUUUUUAAUAAAUUACUUUGUAUGUAUUCAGAA